GAGAGCAGAGCAGGUGUGUAUAUUUACUUGUCUUAAGGGUUUUGUAACGGCGUUUUCUCAUUUCCCUUGCAUUCUAGUGUGAGAAACUAUACUUACAUUACAUACAGAGAGAGAGAGAGAGAGAUAGCAGUGUUGUAACAGCUUCUGACUGCUUUUUAACUGCUAUACUUAUUGCCUCUUCCUCUUUAUUACUCACUACAAAACUGAAUGCUUUCAUCUUGAUUUGGGUUUUUUAAAGCUUGGAUCUUUACAACUUCUGGGUCUUGAUUUAAUCGUUCAUGGCUAAUCUUGGCUGUAUCUCUCAGCCCCAUCUCUUAUCUCAAGGUAAUAAUGGUGGAAUGGAGGAUAUGUAUACAGAGUUAUGGAAGGCAUGUGCUGGUCCAUUAGUGGAUAUUCCAAGAAAUGGAGAAAGGGUUUAUUAUUUUCCACAGGGACACAUGGAACAAUUAGAGGCAUCAACUAAUCAAGAACUGAAUCAGAGUAUUCCGCUUUUCGAACUUCCCAACAAGAUCCUUUGUAGAGUUGUUCAUGUUCAGCUUAAGGCUGAGCAAGAAACGGAUGAGGUUUAUGCGCAGAUAACUUUGUUGCCUGAACCUAGAUCUUUGCAGCAAAAUGAGCCAAUCAGUCCUGAUUCUUGCCAUCCUGAGCCUCCAAGGACAGCAGUGCACUCUUUCUGCAAGGUCUUGACAGCCUCAGACACAAGCACCCAUGGCGGCUUUUCGGUACUGCGCAAACACGCAAACGAGUGCCUUCCUCCUCUGGACAUGACCCAGGCAACUCCUACACAGGAGCUGGUUGCCAAGGAUCUUCAUGGAACUGAAUGGAGAUUUAAACAUAUAUUUAGAGGCCAACCGCGAAGGCAUUUGCUUACAACAGGAUGGAGUACUUUCGUUACUUCUAAGAGAUUAGUUGCUGGGGAUUCAUUUGUAUUUCUUAGGGGAGAGAAUAAAGAAUUGCGAGUGGGUGUUCGCCGUCAUGCACAACAACAGAGCUCCAUGCCUUCCUCAGUAAUUUCAAGUCAGAGUAUGCACCUCGGAGUGCUUGCCACUGCAUCUCAUGCUGUGGCGACUCAGACUCUCUUUGUUGUUUUCUACAAGCCAAGGACUAGUCAGUUCAUCAUUGGUUUAAACAAAUAUCUGGAAGCUGUGAAAAAUGGAUAUACGGUUGGGGUUAGAUUUAAGAUGCGGUUUGAGGGAGAAGAAUCUCCUGAAAGAAGAUUUACUGGCACGAUUGUUGGAGUUGAAGACGUUUCCUCACAAUGGAAAUGUUCUAAGUGGAGAUCGUUGAAGGUUCAAUGGGACGAACCUGCAUCAAUUGCAAGACCAGAAAGGGUUUCUCCUUGGGAGAUCGAACCUUUUGUUGCUUCUGUGCCUCCUAGCCUUAGUCAAACUGCCCCAGUGAAGAAUAAACGGCCAAGACCACCAAGUGAAAUUUCUGCUCUUGAACCGACUUCUACAGCAGUAUCUGCUGCCUGGAACCCUUCCCACGAUUCAAGCCAAUUAAAUGUUUCUCUUGAAGGCCAGAGGACGGAUAGUAAUGUUUAUAGACAGCCCAUGCAAUCAGCAAAAUAUUCAAAUCUCACUACUGAAAGUUCCCAUGUCAGAGCUCCUUGGAGUAAGAUCUCUGAUGAAAAUGAAGAUAGCAAAAGUGCCUCUGCAUGGUCUGUUCAACGUAGCUUUACAAACCAGAAUCCAACGUAUCAAUACAAUGAACAGUUACCUCUCCCGGUUGAAGAGAAGAAGUCUGAUGCUGUCACUACAUGCAGGUUAUUUGGCUUUGAUUUAAAAAGUUCAACAGAUGCAGCAAAGAAAGUCACCCCCUUGACACCAGUGAACGUGUUCAUCAAAGCUGCUGAUGGUGGUGAUUCCGAAGAAAAAUCUGAACUCUCGAAGGAUUCUAAAAUGAAACAUCAAGGGUUGCAAGUAUCACCGAAGGAAGUGCAAAGCAAGCAGAAUUGCUCUACCAGAAGUCACACUAAGGUCCAAAUGCAAGGAAUAGCAGUGGGACGUGCAGUGGAUUUAUCUGUCCUAAGGGGAUAUGAUGAACUAAUAAGUGAAUUGGAGGAGAUGUUUGACAUCAAGGGUCAACUUUAUCCUCGGGAUCAAUGGGAAAUUGUCUUUACAGAUGAUGAGGGGGAUAUGAUGCUUAUGGGCGACGAUCCAUGGCAGGAAUUCUGCGACAUGGUUAAAAGAAUUCUCAUCUGCUCGAGUCAAGACGUGAAGAAAAUGAGGGUGGGAAUGAAGUUGCCUAUAUCUUCCACUGAUCAUGAAGUAUCAGGUUUUAGCUUGGACAGUGCAAUGUAACCUAAAUUUUAGGUCUUGCUUUCCAUUUUGAGUUGUUUUCUUUGUUGUCUGUUCUCUCUAGUCUAGGCUCUUCCCUCCUCUCCCAAAAGGGGUUGGGGGAAAGGUUUAUUUAAUUUGCAGUGUAUCAGUAUGCUUGAAGAUUGCUCCAUAAGAGAUAAAUACCAGUGGCUAAUAUGAAGUUCCCCGUCAAGGGCAGUCCAGUAAGAUUAGCCCAACUUUCCUACAAAGAAACAGGUGAGUAAAAGCUGUAUGAUGCUAAUUGGCAGUUCACUGAUCGAGCUCGAUAGAUUAACCAAGUUUAGAUCAGGAAAGGCUACUGUUUUAGGGACGUUAGUGAGGUUAGAGUUUCUAUCUUUGUAUAUAAGGGUGUUUCUGGUAAACGUGAGAUGGUAGUUUGUUAUUGGUUAUGUAACGAUGUAUAUACACAUUUGAUUUUCGUAGGCAACCGGUUGUAUUUCAAUUUUUCUACCA